AUGCACACUGGACUCGGUCGCUCGGGAAGCCACGCCCUAAAAUCGACGUGUCGCGCGACGGACGGAAGAUUCGGAAUGAAGGAGGCCAUUGUCGUGUUGGCAAGUCAGUCGCCGAAUCGAUUGAAGCUCUUACAGCAGAUUGGUUUGAAAAAUGUGAUUGUAAAAGUGUCGAAUUUCGAGGAGAAUCUGCCGAAAACCCUUCCCGUUAAGCAGUUUGUAAUUGAGACUGCAAAAGGGAAACUGGCGACGAUUGUCGAGGAAAUGAGCAAAAAUCAGGAGCCGUACUCUGUAAUCAUCGCCUGCGACACCGUCAUCGAAUUCAAUGGAGAAAUCAUUGGAAAACCGACGGAUGCGAACGAUGCAAUCGAGACGCUGAAGAGACUCCGAAACAAUACCCAUAAUGUGUACACCGGAAUGGCUCUUCACUAUCACGAUGCCGAUGAAUACGAGGAGAUAAUCGAGAAAACUGUCGUUCAUUUCGGAGAUAUCAAGGAUAGAGUCAUCGAGGAAUACGUCAAAAGUGGAGUGCCGCUAAACAAGGCCGGAUCGUACGGAAUCGGUGAGUUCGCCGCCGUUUUCGUCAGGGGAAUCGAAGGAUGUAUGCCGAAUGUGGUCGGUCUUCCACUUCACCGUCUUCACCAGGCUCUUAUCGCCAAAAAUAUUCUCUAA